AUGGAGAAAGAGCCGGGAUAUGUAUUGGUUCGGGACAUGCACGCUUCGAUUCGGCUCAAUCUGCAGCAUUAUUUCUGGAAAGAUGGGCUUGGAUAUCUUUUGCACCCAUCUAUCCCUCCUCCGCCCCCUCGGCCGAAAUAUCGGGUUGCUGAUUUGGGGACUGGUACCGGAAUCUGGCCUUUAGAUCUGGCUCGGCGACUCCCUCCCACAGCCCAGCUAUGCGGAUUCGAUAUCUCCUCCGCUCAAUUUCCUCCAUCCCAAUUACCUACCCUCGAACGUGAAAUUAGAAUUGAUCCAAAUCGGGGUAUCGCCGAGGGACCAAAUGGCGAAGAGGCACCACAUGUCGCUAAGGUUCUUAAUGUGCAGGCAAACAUCAAAGAUCACAGAUGGGUUCCAGCUCUGCCUAAAUUAUUUGCACGAUAUGAUCUAGAAGGUAUCAAGGAGGAUUUCGCGUUCGAACAACCAUGGCAGUCCAAAAUGGUGGGGGAUGGGUCAUGUGCUGUUGUACAUGAAAUGGCGAGUAACGGGAGUCGGUUUGUCAUGGAAAAGUUGGAGAGGGUGGGUGUGAAUGUUCCAAAGGCGUAUGAGGAGGUGUGCAGAGGCACUAGACUUACGCAGCCUUUUUGUGUGACGGUUGGGAGGAAACCAAUUAAGAUGAGUGUCUGA